AAUUUCACCAGAGAAAAGGAGUUAAAACACCCGAGACGAUACAACACCAAAAAAAAAAAAAGAAGUAAUCGAAACAUAAUUAAUUCAUCAAUGGCGAUGUCGGGAACAUUCAUGACGGACGUGCCUCUGAAGGGAUCGGCGGAGAAACACUACAAAAGGUGGAGUAGCGAGAACCAUCUCGUCCCUGACGCCAUCGGCCACCUCAUCCAUGGUAUCACCCUCCACGACGGCGAUUGGGACUCUCACGGCGCCAUCAAGAGCUGGAAGUACACUCUUGAUGGGAAGGAGCAAGUGUUUAAGGAGAGAAUAGAGAUGGACGAUGAGAAGAUGACGGUGGCGUUCAAUGCGAUCGAUGGUCAAGUCAUGGAGGAGCUUAAGGUGUAUAUAGCAAACUUACAAUUCAUCCCCGAGUCCCAAAAUGGCUGUGUCUGCAAAGUUAGUGUGACUUGGGAGAAACGCACCCAAGACUCCCCAGAGCCCACCAUGUUCAUGAAGUUUCUCGAGAAGAUGGUUGCUGACAUGGAUGACCACAUCCUCCAAAACGAGGAAUGAUGGAUCUAUAUUGCUUAAUCAUCAUCACAUUUUCCUUUAUUUAUGUACUUUUGUAUUUUAUUUGUGUUCAUCUCGUAUAAUAAUGAUAUUACUACUUC